AUGUUCGAUGCACCAGAUUCCGGCGAUGGGCUGGGGAUGGACGCUCCUCCUGAGCAGCCGGUAAAGGCCGAGCCGACCGAGCCGGUCGAAUCCCCUGUGAAAGGCUCCCCAGGUCUCGGGCUCGUGGCUGAUCUUUCUCCAGCCAAAGAGAAGGAGAAUGAUGUUGCGGAUGAAAGUAUGGGGGUUGAAUCAUCUUCGGCAUCUGCUGGUGUGUUGCCCGCGCCGGGCGGUUCGGCCGGCACUCCUACGUGUCCUCUGUGCAAUCUCAGGACAGCUGCCAACAAGUCGAAGUGGUGCAGCGUGUGCAAAGCAGACGUGCAAGCCGCGCGUCGCGAGUCGCAGGACAAGGGCGAAGGCGAAUGGUUCCGCAACCUGCUUCGCAGCGGCGGGGAGCCGCUGCAAGACUUCAUGCACGAGUAUGUCAAAAUGAACGGGUCCGCGAGAAGAAAAUAUUCACAACGCGUCAAGUUUGACUUCUUGAAGUACAAGGAGGCUCGUCGGAUCCAGACCAGCUACAAACUUGGCUACAAGGCCGUCUUUAUGGCGAAGGCCCGGGCGGUCAACCACUGGGUUGAGUGGCUCAACAUGGAUCGGAAGCAAGCCCUGGAUAAAUGGGAUACGGAGGUGGCUGCUGCCAAGGUGACGAACCAAAACGGACCCGUUGGGUCACCUCUUCAGAUCCCUGUCAAACUGGAUGAUUUUAUCAUCGUGGAAGAUGCGGUUGUGGACGAAAAAAUCAAAGAGAAAGAAUUCAAGAGACAGAAGUUCACUGAGGAGGUGGAGGGGCUAAUGGAUGAAGGUCUGCUUGGCAGAGCAGGCAGCGAGGAGGACAUCGAGAAGUUCGGUUUGGCUAGGAUGGACAACCCAGACAUGGUCUCUAGCUUGUUCGGUCGUCCCAACAAGAUUGCUGUUGUCAAUGAGCCCGCUGCCGAAGCAGAGAAGGAGCCCAAGGAGAAGGAGAAUCGGAAGUCUUUUGAUGCAGCUACAGAGAAGCUGGCGUUGCAAAACAAGUUGAACCAGAUGCUCGACAAAGAAGCCACUGCUCUUGCGCAUGUUGUUGAGGAAGUUGCUGCCUUCAUGGAUGAGAGUUUCGAUGCCGCCUUUGCAUCGACCGAGACCCCGCUCAACGAGCUGGCGGCAAUGAAACUGCUGCGUGCCAGGCGGUUCGUUGCUCGGGCUUUGCUUGGAAGUUACGCUCCAGGCAGAGCGCAGACGGAUGAUCCUGCGAAAGGGCAAGAGGAUGCCGAUCAGUAUGAGGCCGUCUUGAAAUGCAACCCGGAGGCAGAGCUGCCGGAGUCGUUCUUGCAGAUGCAGCCUUUGCUGCACAUCUCCCAGAAGCUUGGCACUUCGUUGAAGACUUUGGCGACACCCGCUGAAAGGAAGAGCAUCGAGACUGACUUUAAGCCUGUGGUCAACAUCAUAUCGCUCAUGCGGACAUCCCUCAAAUCUGCGCUAGACAAGACGAAAAAGUUCAGCAAAGAUCGCCUCGCCCGCGUGGAGCGGGUGAAGCGCCAGCAAGACCAGCAGGCAGUGAAGGCAAUAGAUAAAGAAAAGAAGAAGAGAGAGCAGGAGGCUCAGAAGAUCAACAAAGCUGCGGAAAAGCAGGGGCGAGUUGACAACAUCUUUGGCAUCGAUUUGCUGAAACUCGGCAUCCGUGCACUUGCGCAUCACACGCUCGAGAAGGCGGAGGAUGUCAAAGGCCUGAACUUCAGCAAGCCCUUCCUGCUGAAUGCCGAGUCCCCUGCUCUCUCCCAGAUCCAGGCCGCUUGCCAGGACCAACAAAUCAAGACAUCCAUGGACAGCUUUUACAACGGCUUCCCAGGAAGUGCGGCUUCCUUGAAAGGGAGCAAGCGGUUUACUGCUUUGAUCAAGGAUACUGCACCUCUACGUGCCAAGAUCUUGGAGAACUUGGAGAUCCCAGUGCGGCCGCCUCCUCGUGAUGCAGAUUCCACGAUGGUGACUGCGCUGCAGGGUGUUUACUCUUGGGCCUACGGAGAAGAGAUGCUGUCGACCGGCAGCUUUGAGGCUUCCCAGCUGCCAACGAUUCGGAUUCAAACCCAAGGACAUCGCUGGCUAAUAUUCGUCUCUCUCGAUAGUUUGGUCAGCUACAUUCGCAGCUGCAGGCGAGGAGCUCCCGUCGCGCAUGCAGAUGUGAUUGAGUGUAUGCAGAGUAUGCAACCCCACACCAUGGCGGCUUUCCUCAGCAUGCAUCCGGAUGCUGUGCAACAUGGCCUCGUGACGAAGGGUAGCAUAACUUUUCUGCCGGCAGCCUGGCUGGUGGCUGAGAAGGCCGGGGUCUGGGGCUCUUGUUCUGUGAACGCUUUGUUGCGGUCUGUUCUCAUGUGGCCCGAGUUAGUCGCCUUCGUGCGGCAGGUCAUCAACAUGCGGUGCGCCUUCGGCCUCCGGGUCCAGUUCUUGCCUGACUUGGAUGCCUCAGACAAGAACAUGGAGGUGCUUGCGACUUGGUCUUCGAGUGCGGCGAGCUUGGGUGGUCUCUACAAGCAGAAGCACUCCUCCGACGUGAAGAAGGCCGAAGCUCAGUAA